GCGCGCGGAGGGGCCGCUGCUCGCUCUUCCUCCUUCGGUUGAGGACACCAGACAAUAGUCGUGCCGAAUAAAACCAAAAUGUGCGUUCGUGGGUGAAGCAACGGAGCCCCCCCCCCCACCCCCCACCCCCACCUGGGCGCGUGACCGUGGUCGUGCAGAUGGAUUGAGCUAAGCCUGAAAGAUGAUGGCGGCAGAUGAGCUUGCAGGAAGAUUGACCAAAAAAAACCUUGUUGGCACAAUACUGCUCGUCCUUAUGUGCCUUUCCCUCCCCACUCUGACGUUGUCGGAGCCUCCAGGGGAGCCGUGUCCACACGGGGACUAUGAGGUUGAAAAGGGGAUUUGUUGCAACAAAUGCCCUCGAGGUACCAAGCUUGUAGAAAAGUGCAAUGCUACAGGUCAGAGAAGUAAGUGUGAAAGCUGUCCGGAAAAAGAAUAUACAGACCAGGAAAACUUCCACCCUAACUGUCAUCGUUGCAAGACCUGCAAGGUGCAUGAAGAGACAGUGUCAGCGUGUCAAAAAGACCAAAACACAGUGUGUCGCUGUAAAGCUGGUUUUUACAAGUCUAAAAUCGACUCAGAAGCCUACCAGUGUCUCCAAUGUACCACAUGUGGCGAGAAUAAAAAGCAAAAACAGGAAUGUACGGCAGAGAAAAACACUGAGUGUGAAUGUAUAGAGAACUACUACAAAGCCAAGAGCAAGUGUAUACUCUGCACGAAUUGUACCGCUGAGUGCCAACAUCACUGCUCAACGGCACUUCCUGUGACUACAAUAGAUCCUAAAAAUGAUCAAUACCUGAUCAAGACGAUUGCUGUAGUUGCAUUUAUUGCCGGGGUGUCUCUAGCGGUGGUGGCUAUCGUCACCUUCGUGGCCACAAAGCGGUUCACGAGGAAGAAGUUGCUGAAGCAGUCCAGCCUCCCGGCGGACGGCUCCCCGGACCCGUGCGAGCAAGUCCUGGUUCACAACGAGGAACUUUCAGACAACAUGGGUGUCAAAGCUGUCCCCCAAAGCCCCGUGAGUGAACAGGAGCCGUCCAAUCUGCCCGACUGCAUCCCCCUGGAAAUCAAGAUCCCCGACCUGAUCUACACGGUGCUGGACCUGGUCCCCGUGCUGCGGGUGAAGCAGCUGGUGCGUUCUCUCGGUGUGAAGGACACAGAGAUCGAACAAGCAGAGGUGGAUCACAGGUCCUGCCGCGAGGCUCACUACCAGAUGCUGAGGGUGUGGGCCGAGAGAGGGUCGCUUGCCGGUGCGGGCGGUAGAGGCGGAAUGAUGCACUGGCCCUUGUUGCAGGAAUUGUUGGCCGAGCUGAGAAAGAUGCAUCUGGGACAUGCAGCCGAGGAGCUGGAGACAAAGUACGGCAUUCAGUAAUUCUGCACCGUGCGCCAAGCGAGAAGCUCAUGAAACCAAGUAUUGUUCCCAUCAGAGCCUCAAGGUGUACAAAGUGACACAGGGCUCCCUCCAGCAGUUUCUUUGCACAGUAACCAGCGACGCUGAGAACUCUUAUCGCUCCACUCGCUGUCUUAAGAAGACAGAAUCAAACUACUGAGAGCGGCCGAUCAAAUGAUUUAUGAGCGGAGAUGAACAAUAAUGAUUCACAGAUGAAUUAUAAAACAAUAAAUGUAUCCAUGUUAUAUUUUUAAAGAGUUAGAUGAUAAAAUGUAUUCAAGCGUCCUCCUGUACGUUAAAUAUGAAGCUACAACCAAGCAGCUAGAUAGCUUAGCCUAGCGCAACGACCAGAAACAUUGAAGCUGUUGGCCUGUUUUUUUUCUGGGGGUUAUAUUUAUGGGAAGGCUUUCAAAAGCUUCAUCACUGUGCACAGCUUUGCUGGGACCAUUUGUCGGGGCGAAAUUAGCUGUAGAGGUGUAGGUGUCUAUGAAAUAUAGGAGGGGGAAAGAGGUCUUAUAUGAUUUCAUAAUAGACUUUUUACUCUUUGAGCGAAGUUCAAAUUCUAAUCCUGACUACUCAGUGCUGCGUGCCACGGGGUUAACUGCUAAUGUUUUACGAGUAGUUCCUUGUUACAUUGUUGAAGCCGUGUGUUGAGAUAUUUACGGAACAACAUCAAAGCCAGGGAAGUUUGUAGUUCCUGGUGGAGAACAGAGCCGUGCCGCUUCGUACGGGCUUUUGAGGACCCAAUUUUCAUUCUUUUGAGCCCCAUCUUACAAGCGUUAUUCAUUACUGUAAGAGGACAAGACACACCUUGUCUCAGCCUGCCUCAGCCAAGUCCUCUUCUCUAAUACCAGUCCUCUUGCAUAUGAAUGAGUCACACUCAGAAAGACUGAGGACGUGUUAUUCCACUGCACUUUUAUCAAACUGUGUUGUAUAAAUAUAUAUAAAAUGUAUUGAUGUACAGAUAUCUACUCAAGAUGUUUUAUAUGUUAAAUAAAAUAAUCUUGGUAUGACUU